AUGCUCUUCGACACCUUCGACCUGCUGUCUGCUCUGGCCACGCUGGCGGCGUGCGCCCUGUGCGUGGCUCUGCUGCUCGUCGUGUCACAGCAGCUGUGGCAGCUGCGCUGGACCGCCACGCGGGACAAGAAGUGCAAGCUGCCCAUGCCCAAGGGCUCCAUGGGCUUCCCUUUCAUCGGCGAGACGUGCCACUGGCUCCUGCAGAGGAGGAAGGUGUUCGCCAAAGUGUUCAGCCACGAGGCCUUGGAGUCGUACCUCCCCAAAAUCCAGCAGGUGAUCCAGGAGAGCCUGCGAGUGUGGAGCUCCAACCCCGAGCCCAUCAACGUCUACAGGGAGAGCCAGCGGUUGUCCUUCACCAUGGCGGUGAGGGUGCUGCUGGGAUUCCGGGUCUCCGAGGAGGAGAUGAGGCACUUGUUCUCCACCUUCCAGGACUUUGUCAACAACCUCUUCAGCCUUCCCAUCGACAUGCCCUUCAGCGGCUACCGCAAGGGCUUGCGGGCGCGCGACAAGCUGCAGAAGAGCAUCGAGAAAGCCAUCAGGGAGAAGCCGCUGUGCACGCACGGCAAAGACUACAGCGACGCCCUGGACGUCCUCAUGGACAGCGCCAAGGAGAACGGCGCCGAGCUCACCAUGCAGGAGCUCAAGGAGUCCACCAUCGAGCUGAUCUUCGCCGCCUUCGCCACCACGGCCAGCGCCAGUACCUCCCUCAUCAUGCAGCUCCUGCGCCACCCGCCGGUCCUGGAGCGCCUACGUGAGGAGUUGAGGGUGAGGGGCUUCCUCCAUAACGGCCGCCUGUGCCCCGAGGGCCAGCUGCGUCUGGACACCAUCGUCAGUCUCAAGUACCUGGACUGCGUCAUCAAGGAGGUUCUGAGGCUCUUCACGCCCGUCUCUGGGGCCUACCGCACCGCCAUGCAGACCUUUGAACUUGACGGGGUGCAGAUUCCAAAAGGCUGGAGCGUGAUGUACAGCAUCCGGGACACCCACGACACGUCGUCCGUCUUCAAGGACGCGGAUGCUUUCGACCCCGACCGAUUCAGCCAGGAGCGCGGCGAAGACAAGGAGGGGCGCUUCCACUACCUGCCCUUCGGCGGCGGCGUCCGCUCCUGCCUGGGCAAGCAGCUCGCCACUCUCUUCCUGCGCAUCUUGGCCAUCGAGCUGGCGAGCAGCAGCCGCUUCGAGCUGGCCACGCGAAACUUCCCCCGCAUGGUCACCGUGCCCGUGGUCCACCCGGUGGAUGGGCUGAAAGUCAAGUUCUACGGCCUGGACUCCAACCAGAACGAGAUCAUGGCCAAGUCGGAGGAGCUGCUCGGCGCCACCGUGUGAAGGCGGCGACCCGAGGAGGGAAAAGAAGGACGCCGCAUUUUUCUUCUCCGCGCUUUCAGACUACAAGGAACAUUUUCACCUCCCCGUUCCGUCGGGAAAGGAAGAAGCUGCCAUAAGGAUUCUGCUCUCAUCUCAACAAAAAGUGAUGGAAUAUCAUUGGAACACCUCGUGGGGGUGCGUGGGGAGUGGAGGGGGGUAUGGGGGGCGGGGGGUGAGGUGUCGAUAGGCAAGUUGGAUCAAACAGGGUACCGGAGGACAGGAAGCAAAGGCUUUGGGGGAAUUUCCUGAAUCCAAAUUGGCCAAUCAUCGUAGCAGGGUAAACGGGGGCGACGAAGAUCCGGUCAUCCGGAGGCAGUCUCUUUUCUGUCCUUCAGUCUUUUUUUUUGUUUUUCUCCUCCCCCUCCCUAAAUCAAAA